UCUGCUCCUGCGCCGCGGGCGGGGCCCGGGGCCGGGCACGCGCCGGCAGCACCCUGGCGCCGGGCGGGAGCGGAAGGCCGGUGCGCGCGGCCGCGCGUCGACGGCGCGUGCGCUGCCGCCGGGAGCGCGCGGGGCGCCGCGAGGAGCCGGGCGCCCGCAGCGGCGGGGGCUGGGCGCGGUUGCUAGGCGACGGCGCCCGGGCAGCGGCGUUGGCCCGGCGGAGGCGCGGGCAGGGAUGAGGCGGAGGCAGCGGCCCCCGCGCUGCCGCCGCCGCUGAGCCCCCUCCCGCCCCGUCCCGCCCGGGCCUCGCUGCCCGCUCCCCCCGCUCCUCUCCCCUCGCUCCAGCCUGCCCUCCCCCCUCCAUGCGGCGGGAGCGGCCGGAGUGGGGCCCGUGCCUGCGGCCGCACCGAGCCCCGCCGCCCCUCGACUCUCCGCCGCCAGCCGCCGCAGGGAGCCGCGGGCGGCGUCUGCAGCGACAACAGCGGGAACUUCAUGUUGGCGUUGUUUAUGCCAGAACAUAGUAAGCAAGGCAUAGCUCCAGACUUGUGUAAACUUUUAUCUAGCCAACACGAUGCAAUUGAGUAUGAAUUCCAGGUUGCUCUGGAAAUGAAAGAGAAGUUCUGAGCUCUCUGGCUGGAAGCUGAACGUGAUGACGGCCUGGUCCAUGGUAGGGAAGCUGAAAAUGGAGAAGAGGCACUCCAGAGAAGACAGAAACGUGGAACAAGAUGCUGGGGAAUGCAGUGCUGAAUCCGAGGAAUGGACGAGUUCAGAAAGUGAACCUGAGCAACCAUACUUCAGAAGCAGCUGUAGCAAUAUUCAGUGGAGAGAAAAGGAGGUUUCCACUAAACCACAUCGGCCACUCUGUCGCUCCCCUUGUUUGGAUCGCCCAAGUUUUUCACAGAGCAGUAUCACACAAGACCUGAAGCUAGACGAAUGCAAAACGAGUUUGGACAAGGAAUACCAAGCUAAAAUGGAUUUUGCUUUAAAACUUGGGUAUGCAGGAGAUCAGAUCCAGGCUGUACUGAAUAAACUGGGAGCAGAUGCGCUCAUCAAUGAUGUUCUGGCUGAACUUGUGAGACUUGGCAACAAAAGUGAAUCAGAAGGACAGAACAGUGCCAGCAGUACCACUAGUACUCUGGUGCCAAGAGGCCCUUGUCCAAAGGAAAUAGCAAGCCCUGAAUUGUCACUUGAAGAUGAAGUUGUGGAUAACAGUGAUAACUUGAGGCCAAUCGUCAUUGAUGGAAGCAAUGUGGCUAUGAGCCAUGGAAAUAAAGAAGGAUUUUCCUGUCGAGGAAUUCAACUAGCUGUUGAUUGGUUUCUGGAAAAAGGACAUAAAGAUAUCACUGUGUUUGUACCUGCAUGGAGAAAAGAACAGUCUCGACCUGAUGCACCAAUUACAGAUCAAGAAAUCUUACGUAAAUUGGAGAAAGAAAAAAUUCUUGUUUUCACCCCAUCUCGAAGAGUUCAAGGAAGAAGAGUAGUUUGCUAUGAUGACCGAUUCAUAGUAAAACUUGCUUUUGACUCAGAUGGCAUCAUUGUAUCAAAUGACAACUAUAGGGAUCUUCAGAACGAAAAACCAGAAUGGAAGAAGUUCAUAGAGGAGCGACUGCUAAUGUAUUCUUUUGUGAAUGACAAAUUUAUGCCUCCUGAUGAUCCUUUAGGACGUCAUGGUCCAAGCCUUGAAAAUUUCUUAAGGAAAAGGCCAGUUAUUCCUGAACAUAAAAAACAACCGUGUCCUUAUGGUAAAAAGUGCACCUAUGGGCACAAAUGUAAAUAUUACCACCCAGAACGGGCAAACCAACCUCAAAGGUCAGUAGCGGAUGAGCUUCGGAUAAGUGCCAAAUUAUCUGCUGUGAAAACUAUGAGUGAGGGAGCCUUGGCCAAAUGUGGCACAGGGCCAUCCAGCUCCAAAGGAGAGAUCAGUUCUGAAGUGAAACGCAUUGCCCCCAAACGCCAGUCAGAUCCAAGCAUUAGAUCAGUAGCUGUGGAGCCUGAGGAAAAGUUAACAGUAGCCCGCAAGUCUGAGGCCAGCUCUGUCCCGUCUCUGGUUUCUGCAUUAAGUGUACCAACGCUCCCUCCACCAAAAAGCCAUGCAGCUGGUGCAUUAAAUACUCGUUCUGCAAGCAGUCCGGUGCCAGGUUCCUCACAGUUCACGCAUCAGAAAUCCUCACUGGAACACAUGUCCAGUGUGCAAUAUCCUCCUAUACUAGUCACCAAUAGCCAUGGCACCUCAGUUAGUUACACUGACCAGUAUCCCAAAUACGAAUCGUUAGGGGACCAUGGCUAUUAUUCCUUACUCAGUGAUUUCUCCAACUUGAGCGUAAGUAGUAUGCAUAACACAGAUUAUUACGGGGCUGAUACGGACCAGGGGAUGUAUUCUAGAAACUCAAGCCCCUGUCCUGACAAUUGCUUAAGCCAUACAAGUAAUGAUUCUUAUUCCUCUUACAAUGACUUGUAUCUGGGUGUAGCAGAUGCCAGUCCAGAAGACAAUGUGAAGAUCCAUAGACUGCCAUCGCAAAAUCGUCUUCAGCCUUUUUCCCAUGGUUACCAUGAAGCCUUAAAUAGAGUUCAGAGUUACGGAACUGAAGAGCCUAAGCAAUCCCUUCGCAAACAGUCAGUUUCCCACUUAGGCCUGCAUGCCCAGCAUCCAGUUGUUGGAGCACGGUCCAGUUGUCCAGGAGAAUACCCUGUGCCUCAAAAUAUUCAUCCAUCAACUGCACAACCAAGCCGUGCCUUGGUCAUGACAAGAAUGGACAGUAUUUCUGACUCACGGCUUUAUGAAAGUAAUCCUGCACGGCAGAGAAGACCACCUCUCUGUCGAGAACAGCAUGCUAGCUGGGAUCCGUUACCAUGUGCAUCAGACUCUUACACUUACCACUCGUAUCCAUUGAGUAACAACCUCAUGCAGCCGUGUUAUGAACCUGUAAUGGUAAGAAGCAUGCCUGAGAAGAUGGAGCAACUCUGGAGGAAUCCAUGGAUUGGGAUAUGUGGUGAGCCACGGGAACCACAUAUCAUUCCAGAACAUCAGUAUCAAACAUACAAGAACCUCUGCAAUAUAUUUCCACCAAGCAUUGUCCUUUCUGUGAUGGAAAAGAAUCCCCACAUGACAGAUGCACAACAGCUGGCAGCUAUGAUUGUUGCCAAAUUAAGAACAGGGCGUUAAAUUACUUUAGCCUCUUUUGGAUAAAUGAAACUAUACAGUGCAUAGGAACUGGAAUUAAAAUGAAGACGGGAGUGGGCCAGUCUACUGUAAAUAUUUUCUAAUAAGUUUAGUAUAUAGUCCUGUACACAGUAGCAAUCAUAUAUAUAGAUAGAGGCACUAUAUAAGAGUUGAUUAUAUUGUAAAUUUUAAGAUUUUAAAUAUAGGGAUUUUUAAUAGUGUUUUACAGGAAAUGCAUACCUUGCUGCAUGGAUAGCUCAUUAAGAACUACAAUGUCACGUUCAGUGUCUCAAAGCUUUUAAUACAAAAUUAUUGUUAGAAAUUAUAUUGCAUGUAUUAGUGUACACUUUCAAUUUGAUUCUCAAUACCUAAUUGGCCUUUCAAAGCAUGCUCUAUACAGUCCCAGAUGACUUUUAGGGUUUCAGCUUUGCCGUUUGACACUGCCUAUUGGUACAUCAAAUAGCGGAAAAAUAAACUUGAAAAAAAUUACUCAAUUUGUAGAAGGAUAAACUGGUUGAAUCUCUUUCAGCUUUUGAAUGUCAGUAUUGUUGGUACUUCUUAAAUUUCAAAACUGUUCCCCAAGAGUUUAUUGUCCAGUAUGUUAGUUCAAUCCAACAGAAGCCAAAUACUUUAUUAAAUUAGGACCAAAAGAUUAAGGAGUAUGAAGGUGUGAGCACCAUUCAGUAAACAAAAAGAUGUUUAACUGUAGCUUCCCUCUUCAGAAUUGCCUGUCAACUGUGCAGUGAACAGCUGCUGUUCUAGAUGAUUAGAGAAGACAAAAGAAAAUUGUCAGUUUUAUGUAAAUUGGAUUACUCAGACUCAAGCAACAGGAACUGAAUGUUAACGUGGAAGCUCAUCAGUAACUAAGCCCUUCUGGAGGCAAGGAUGGUAUUUGGAUGAAACUAACAUGCAAGAUCUUGAGAAGGGAGUGUGAGAGGCUGUUUCCUGAAAAGAGAUGCUACAGUUUGGGCUUGUAGCAAGGUUGGCCUCGUUUUGCUCUUCAGCUCCACGCAAAGGUGUGCAUUUGCCUCAUGAUGGUUUCUAGAGUCCUGUUUCAACAGGUGAGAUAAUUUUGUGUGGCAUUGCUUGCGCAACUGGUAUUUUGCUCAGGGUGGGAACCUUUGUAGCUAAAUGUCUCCAAAAGAGGCGUUUAUUGUUUUUUAAGCUGCACUGACUGAACGCCCUUUUUUGAAUCCAUUGUAUAUUGCAACAUUUUGAACCAUUACUAACUCGAUAUGUCUCGAGCUAGGACUUGUUGACUUCUACUGUAGUUUUUUUCAUGAAAGUUGAGAAGGCCUGGUUUUAUGGCCUUUUGUUUCUUCAUGAGAAGGUGUGACACUGCCUAAAUGUUUCUUACUGUGAAACACACGGAACGUGAGGCUGCAGUCAGGGUUGUUUCUGGUGUUUUGAUAAUGGCUUGCAUGCUGCUUUCUAGUUCUCUGUUUGUCUGAGGAACAAAACAUUAUUUCCUCCAUUUGUGUUACUGUAAUAAUGGUUGGUUUGAUUCACAGUAUCUUGCAGGCUAUUUAUCAUGUGUUCCUGUCAGGUCAAAAAAAACAACCAAACCAACAGCAAAGAAAACAAUUAACAUGUGCAAUGACAAUUAACAUACGGAUAAUUGAUAACUGUACCGUUUCACACAUGAUAAAUAUUCUUCCAUUGGAACAGGUAACAUAUAUAAUGACUAUGUCAUUAUGUAUUUCAAUUUAAUUAACUUGCAGAUGAUUUUUGUAUUUACACUUGAUGUUUGAAAACAAGUAAGUUUUAAUUAGUUGGUUAAUGGGAAAAAUAAGACUUUGGACACUUAUAAUAGUUGGAGAAGACAGAAAAUUCUUGACCAAUAUUCAAAUAUGUUUCUUAGGAACCAGCAUUUUCUGUUUUUAAUUUGCAAUUAAUUCUUAUUCUCUUCUCUUGCAUGGUAUAAGCAGCUGAGAGCAGUGCCUCAAAUAACCAGAAAUGACCUUUUGUUUGUUGAUACAAAUUGUAUCUCUUUUUCUUGAUUGUAUAAAAACUGUUUUAAAAAAAAAAAAAAAAAACACACCAAAAAAAACCCACAACCCAUAAACCUCUAGAUAAACUUCAGUAUUACAUAUUCACCACAAUGUUUGUGACACUGUGUGUCACAGGGAAGUAGCCCAUGAGUAAUUAUGAAUCUUUUUUUAUUUAAAAUGGGCACUUGUAGUUUAUAGACAAACAAGGACAACUUUUCAGAACCAGUUUAAUAUGUGCACAGAAACUGUGUGUACACCUCAAAGCAUUACAUGAUUAUCUUUAGUCUAUUAAGCAGAUACAUUCUUGCACUAAACUUUAUGUAAUAAUCUUGCUGUUAGCUCAUCUGCAUGUGUUUAAAAUGUAACAAUAUAAUUGCUGUAGACACUGCUUUAUUCUUAACAGAUUCAUUUAUAAAUUAUUUAGGUUUAAAAUGAAGUUUAUUGUGCACUCACGUUUUCCAUCUUGCAUGGAAUUAAAUACUUGUAUGUAGAAAAAUGUUUGUUCCCUUUUUCUCCAAUUAUAAAGAUAAGCUAUCUUAAGAGGGUUUGGUAGGUGUUUUUGAUGCUUUCAGAUGUGGAAGCUUAAGCAGAAGUUACUGUAUGAAGUUGUGGGUGGUUUCUGGAGAAACUCGUUUUUGUAGGACUUGUCUAGUUAUUUUAAUUUUCACUAACUUUGGUCUUACUGGUAAAAAGGAAUUAUUCUGAACAACGGGAAUGCUAUGCUACUGCAAACCCAGCAUACCAUUUCCCAAAGGCACUUCGAAGGCAAAAUUGUCUUUUUCUAAGAAGCUAUUUGCAUCCAUCCUGCGUAGAGUUAUAGACUGGGCAGUGUAGCCUUGUGGAAAUAAUUUGCAAAUCUUGUGCUUGUUUAGUCCUCCUUAGAGGUAAUGAAACUUUUAUAUGUGACGUAGUCUUUCCUAAUCAACUAGUUUAAGUGAUAAUUUUGCCAUCCACAUCUGUUCUGAGAUAUGUUUACAAGCCAAUUCAUAACACUGACACAUUAAUUAACCUUCAGUGCGUAAGCUUAGAUUUCUUCUUACAUGGAAGAGUUGAUCUUAUUAAUACAUGACCAUAACUGUCUAUAUUGUAAAUAUAAGACUUUGUAUAAAUGCUCUUUUUGAGAGCAUGGUAUUUAAAUGUUUUUAAAACUGUAAGAGAACAGUUCCAGAAACUAUGUUUUAAUAAAAUCCAUAGAAUUAACAAAAUUCUAGAUGAGAAACUGGGAAAAAAAGAAAGUGGAAAGGUGAAAUCCUGGCCUGUUUCAAUCAGCAAGAGUUAAGCAGUAGACUUUAGCAGGGCCAGGGCAGCACUUCGGGAGUUCUGAAUUACUGAUCUUUAAUCUUUAGCUAUAUCACUUUCACAUAAUUUAUCACUUAAGUUCACAAUGUUAAAUUCAUGAUUCAAAAAUCAAAUGCUUUAUGAGAUGUCAGCCUAAGUUAUUUUAUGUGUUUUUGUAAGAAUUACAUGUUAGUGAUAUAUUCAGUUGUACAUACAGUAUAUUUGACUAACGUUAGUCCUGUUGUUGUCUUAUUGAGCUACAGUAGUGGGCUUUAUUCAUCUGUAGAAUUAAACGUUAUGGUUUAAUUGUUGUAAAAUUUUAUAAAUCUCUUUGGGUUGCUUUGGUUGACCCAAAUAUAAUGUAAGUCUCAAUGACAAAAUGAGUGAAAAAUGGGUGUUAAACCAGUUAUGUGGUAUUUCUAAAACACUGUAGUAAGUGUGCAAUGCUCUAGCUGCAGCUGCAUGUAUUUCAUUCACUAGCAUGAGUCUGUUUAUGUUCAGCUUUUUGUAAAAAUGUUUUAAAUUUUAAACACUUGAAAAUAGUGGGCAUAUGGUUGCUUAGAACAAGCAGAAAAAUUCUCCAUCAAAAAGUAACAAAACACAAAAGCAUCUAUUUAGACAAGUCCUCCAUACAUACUUUUAAAGCCAAUUUGCCUCAAACUCUGAAUUAUGGCAUUUUGGAAUUCUUAAUGAUAAAGCCAGAAAAUGCAAACAAUAAAUCCAUUCAAGUAAGUCUGUUUAAGAAAAUACUUGGUGGCAUACAUGUAUACAUGUGACUUAUACCAAACUAGAAUCAGGAACAUUUCAGAGGAUAUAUUUUGACUACAGUAAUUAAAAAAAAAAUCCAUUCUAAAAAAAAGAAGGGACAGACAUAAUUUCUGUGACACUUUGCUCCACAGAAAUACUACUUUUUCUUGACUUGCCAAAGGUUUACCUGAAACACUACUAAUACCGGACUCAUAUUAGUCAGAUCAUGAGACUUGAAUAGUCAAAUCUCAUUAUUAUUACUAUGGUAAGUGUUCAGCUUUAAUACCCUUCUUAUGUACCCCAUAGCAGUCUGUGUGACAGAGCGCUAUUAACUGUAUUUCUUGCAAUAUUUCAACUAGAAAAAUACAAGUGCACUGUUACUUAAAUUACUCUCAUGCCAGUGUUUGCUUAGCCUUUGAAGAGCCCUUAUACAAUAUCUAUGAUUUUGGUCUUUGAUAUUUAUGUAAACAUAUUGAAAUUAUUGAGAGGAAUCCAAAAGAAAUAUAGGCUGUAACCUGUACCUCCCUGCUCUGUGUAAAAGGUUUGCACAACUAUUGAAUAUAUAUGAAAUACGUUAUACUUUAUAUAUAUAUAUACAUAUAAACCUGCUUAUUUAAUAAAACUGAGAGCCACUGGUUUA